CCAUCUUAUCUCCCACCCACUCUCAACCCUAUCUCUUCCUCCAUGGCUGCUUCAGCUUCGUCCCUCGCUCUCUCCACCUUCAACCCUAAAUCCCUUCCUUUCUCCAUCUCCAAACCCGCCUCCACUCCCUUCCUCCCUCCUUCCCUCUCCUUCAAACUCAACUACCAAUCCAUUUCCCUCUCCGCUUCCUCCGCAGCCGCGUCUCGCUUCGUCCGCAACGUUGCCGUCACAGAUGACAUCAACGUAGAAGAAGAAGAAGACAGCCUUUUCUCCGAUGACGCUCCGCAGCAGGAGCAAUCCUUCUCUGCUGACCUCAAACUCUUCGUCGGUAACCUCCCUUUCGACGUCGACAGUGCUCAGCUCGCUCAGCUCUUCGAGAGCGCCGGAAAUGUCGAGAUGGUUGAGGUAAUCUAUGACAAAGUGACAGGACGAAGCAGGGGUUUUGGGUUCGUGACUAUGUCUUCAGUGUCUGAAGUUGAGGCAGCUGCCCAACAGUUUAAUGGCUAUGAGUUAGAUGGUAGAGCCUUGAGAGUUAAUGCGGGUCCUCCUCCACCGAAGAGGGAAGACUCCUUCUCCAGAGGACCCAGAGGCAGCUUUGGAAGCUCUGGAUAUGGUGGUGGUGGAGGAGGUGGUUCUGGUUCAGGAAACCGUGUUUACGUCGGCAACCUAUCUUGGGGAGUCGAUGACAUGGCUCUCGAGAGUUUGUUCGGGGAGCAGGGAAAAGUAGCUGAGGCUAGAGUCAUCUACGACAGGGACAGUGGUCGAUCUAAGGGUUUUGGGUUUGUGACAUACAACUCUGCUCAAGAGGUCCAAAAUGCCAUCAGGAACUUGAAUGGUGCCGAUUUGGACGGUAGACAAAUCAGAGUCUCCGAAGCUGAGGCUAGGCCUCCAAGGCGCCAGUUUUGAUCACCACCCUUCCUAUUCUCAUUAAACGCACUUUCUGGAGGGCGCUUCGAAGAAUAUAGAGUUAUGUGAGAGGAUGGCUGUUUUGGACCGUACUAAGCUCUUCACCUAUGUUUGUUAUGCAAUGGAUGCACGAGUGGUCUUUUUAUUAGAAACGUAUUAAGUAAAGGUUAUGAGUGAAGAACAUGUUCUCGACUGUCUGUGUUCUGCCAUUGACUACUUAGCUUUGGUUUGAUUCGGGUUUCUCUCUAUUUUGUGGUCUCUUCAUAAUGAAUGCUUCUCUGUUUAACAGUCUAAUUUAAGUCUUUUCACC